GGUAUUAUUGAAAUGAAUCUGCCUAGUCUCUAUGCUAAUUUUAAACAUGUAAAGAUGCUUUCGAAUGUUAUUGGAUUCACAUUGUUAAAGCCACUAGUUUAUGCAACUGCACAAUUACCUGGGUAAUUUAAUUCUCUUAUUUGUUAUUUUCUUAAAUAUUUCAAUCAUACAUUGAUUGUUUAUUAUCAGUUUUAUAAUUCACAACUUGCAUUACGUCACAUUUAAGAAGACUUCAUUAAAACUCUUUUUUCUUCUAUAAUUUUGCAUUCUUCAAUUUUUAGGUGGACUGUAACUCAGUGAUUUAAACACUAUAGACUUUCUAUACCAUGCGUUGCAAGAUAUGUUAUUAUAUUAUAUAUUAUAUUAUAUAUUAUAUAUUGAAAUGUAUCUUCUGUUGGCUGCCUGCUUGAACCUUAUUAUUAUUAUUUCUCCCUUGGGCUCCCAGUGGAACAUAGGGCUUCAAUAGCCCAUCACCAUUUUAGUCUGUUCUCUGCAAACUUUUAGACCUGGCUCCACGGCAACGCAGAAGAUCUCAUUUCUUCCUCACAUGAUCUCCUCCAUAUCACCCUCGCUUCGGACGCCCAACUCGUCGUUUCCCAUCUGGGUUCUCUUACUGAUAGUGAUUGGAGCUUGUUGUUGUUGGUGGUAGUGUUGGUUGGGUAUCAUCAUCACCUCUGUCUUCUCUACGUUCACCUGAAGGAAGUGCCGUCUUCACUGCCUCUUCUGUCAAAUUGUUAGUUUUUGCCUGCUUGAACCUUGGGCUACCGAAUUUAUCCAUCGAACAUUUAUCAAAUUCUUUCCUUCUAAUUUGUUUUAAUCAUUUAAAUGUAUUCUUUGAACGUAUCACGUGCUCUUGUACAUUUUUAAACUGUUUCCAACUCUCCGUUUCUCAAGUCAAUAACAAAACAGAGAAAGAAAAUGUUACGUUUUAUAGAAAUGGACUUUUCAAUGCACAAAAGUACAUCAUCUUUCUAUCCGUUAGAUGCACUCAGCUUGAGUUGUAGAUUUUUGUACCAUCUAAAUGAACCACCACCACCAAAAUUACAUUUGUACUUCUGUUGAUUCUUCAUUAUGUACCGGAUACCCAUCCAGAACCAGUUGGCUAUUUCAUAUUAUUGCCUUGAAUACUGUUGUUAUUAAUAUCAUUUCGGUGCCAUAACCAUUUCAUCUAAAAAUAUUCUUGUUCUGAGUGAAUUUGUUGAAAAAUUACAUACUGAGAAUUCCAUACUGUCAUACAUAUUGUUUAGAAUAAAGCGACUAUCAUUAUUAUACUCUAGGUGAUGGUCCUUAGUUCGACUUCUGAUAGGAUCUUUGGUGUUUACUGUUGAGGAAACCCAUGCUUGAGCGAAACAACCCUCCAGUGCUGUCAGAUCUUCCAUUUUUCUACAAAUGAUGUCUGUCAGUGAUGAAAAUCACCUUAAUAACUUGUCAUGUUUCUUCAUUCCAUCUUAAUAUCACGUUUGCAGUCGAAAUAAAAAAAAUCUCAUUGGAUAUAUCUGUAUUUACCUCAGUGACCUUCAGAAACACUCAUAUAAAUGGAGUAUCAUGUGGCUUGGUAGUCUGAAAGUUAUCUUCACAUCUAACUAACCUGUUAUUGCUAAAAACGUUGAUUAAUCAACUAAAUGUAUUACUCGUUGACAUUAGAACGGUCACUCAUACAUAAAAUGUGUGACAUAUUGAGCAUGUUUGAAAUGGAUUUCACACAUGAGUCAACAACGGUUAUUUUGUCUGUUGCCACUUUUCUUCAACAAUCACUUAAUUCUGGCCAACACAAAGUUUAACUAUAAGGAUACUGUCUCACUUGCUACAAUCCAUCGCUGAAGAGGAUCAGUGGAUAAUUGUCACUCUUUUUGAAGUACCAGUUUGGACUGUGAUCACACGUUAGUACUGGUGGUGAAUGAAACAAUCAUCAAGCAGGAUGGGAUGCUGAUAACUUCUCAGGACAGGCAGGUGGAACGUUGGGAAGAACACUGAAGCACAGUUCAAUUGGCCCUCAGCAACGCUUCAGUUGCCUAACAUGCAGUCUGAACCUGAUUGGACCUGACAGUUUGCCACCUGAAGUUUUCGAGGAUAGAGAUUCAGUCCUUUACAAGUUGACAAAUCUCAAUUGUCUACAAGUUGCAGUUUAAAUCGUCACCCUGGUAUAAUUUAUCCUCGACCAGUUAGUCGUUAUUGGGCUAUUCGUAAAGCAAUAGACCCUAAUAUAUAUACAGUUGAUGCUCUCCCAUUGAUUCGUACUGGAGGAAGAGGACCUGAUGGUAGAAUUCAACUCAAACAUGUUACCACUGGAUUAAAUCGUCCAUGGUUUAUGGUAGAUCACAAUCGAUCGAGACAUUCAUCGACUGGAAAAGUUUUCGAAGAAUUGGUUCUACAGAUUAAGCAAACAUGGUGGCGACAUGCAUUCAUUGCAUUAGUGGCUUCAGGUGAAGUGAAACGGUGGAUCCUUGCAACUACUAGUAUGAAACCGGGUGAUAUUAUUCGUUCAUAUGCGGAUAUUCCAUCUAUACCAGUUGAACCAAAAGAAGGUGAUGCUCAUCCUGUGGGUGCAUUACCGGUUGGUACAAUCAUUAGUCAAUUUGAAAUACGACCUGGUCAAGGUGGUUUAUACUGUAGAACAGCUGGAUCUAGUGCAACAGUAUUUCGACGUGGAAAAUGUGUUGGUUUAAAGUCUACUGAAGAAUUGAAUUGUCCAACUAAUGCUAAUAAAUUAGAAGAUGAAGAUGUUGUAUUUGUUAGGAUGAAUGGUAAACGUAAAGUUUUUCGACUUUUACCAUCAUGUAUGUGUGUAGUUGGACAAGUUUCCAAUCAUCAACAUGAUCAGUUUAGAUAUCGUACUUUUGGUGAGAAAAAGUGGAGAGGAAUUAAACAACGUAGUGGAUUAUGGCAACGUAAAACAGGUAGAUUUGGAAGAAAAAUACGACCUAUCGGUCCACCUAUUGAUUUUGUUUCACACAACAGUUCACCAAAACAAUUUAUAUUAAAAUGUUCGUAUCCAGGUGAACCAGAAUAUACACGACGUAAGAAACAAGCUUUAUUUGAAGCGUUACAAAAGAAAGUAGUUAAAAGGCCACCAUCAUCUGAACCUAAACGUCAUAAUGGACUUCCUGAUGACAUGCCAAGAUAUCGUUGGUGUUCUUGGUCAUCGGUACGAUAACAAAUAAUAAAAAAAGUAUAAUUUAUGUUAUACUAAAUUGUGUAUACCAGCGAUAAACGAAUAAACUUUUAGCAAAUUGUACAUUUUCUUUUUUCUUCUCUAUUCAACUUUUCAGUAAUCAUAUAAAAAGUUAUAUAAUACAAAAAAAAC